UAUUAUUAAAAAUGGGAGAAUCAAUCUCAACUGUCGAAUGCGGAACGAAGCAAAUCGAAGAUUCUAAAGAAUGCUCUGUACAGGCCCAAUUAGAGACACUAGACAUGAGCACGUUAGAUGCUGUGAACAACCAGCAUUUCGAAAGAUACAUGAAUGGCAGAGGUAAGAAGAGUGUCAGAGGUGACUUUGACAUUCCUCAUAAGAAGUUAUGGUUUAAGAAAGUAGCCAAGAAGGGAGCCCAAGCUGAUCAUAUAUCCCAUCUGUCAUUUCAGAAAAUGGCAAGGAAUGAGAAAAUGGCUAUUGAAUUUCUAAGUGGAGUCAAAGUAGACAAAAUCAAUAAAUUAUAUUUGAAAGGUAAAAUGAGCUUAGUAGACUUCAGUUUUUAUACCAGGAGUGCUAUGAAGUUCAUCUCAAAGACAGUUGUGCUAGUGAAGAUCACUUUUUUCAAGAUAUCCCACAAGGACUUUGGAAGAAUCUUAGUGGCCUGCAACAGUAAAUCAAAUUUACAGUUUAUGAAAUGUACAAUCACUGUUGACCAUCUUGACUACCUUGAUAAUGCUCAUCCUUCGAUCACCCAACUUGAUCUAUACAGGAGUACCAUCAUCCAGCCUGAAGAAGACACUGAGGACCUUAAUGGGCUCGUCCAGAAGAUAGCAGACUCCAAGCUCAAUGCCUGCUUAAAGAUCGUCAUCAUUACGCUUCCUCUACUGUAUCGCUGGGACAAAAGCACAGGUGAGAAGAGGAAUUAUGAAAUCGGAAACUUCACAGUAAAUAUUUGCUAA